CUCCCAUUUCCCCACACAGGCACACGCCUCCACCCUCGCCAAGAACACACCACUCUCCAAGUCGUCAACUACCUGCUUGCGCUGAGCUUCUCUCUACGAGAAAGUCAAGCUAGCCGAGGAUUGUCGAGUAGCAGCACAAUUUAAGUGAUGGCGGUAGGCAACGGCGGCGCCAAGAAAGUGGUGGCGCCCAUGGAGGUGUCCGUGGAGGCCGGGAACGCCGGGGACGCGGCGUGGAUGGACGACGACGGCCGGCCCCGCCGCUCCGGCACGUUCUGGACGGCGAGUGCGCACAUCAUCACCGCCGUCAUCGGCUCCGGCGUGCUCUCGCUGGCCUGGGCCAUCGCGCAGCUCGGUUGGGUAGCUGGCCCCGCUGUCAUGCUCCUCUUCGCCGCCGUCAUCUACUACACCUCCACCCUGCUCGCCGAGUGCUACCGCACGGGUGACCCGGCCACCGGGAAGCGCAACUACACCUACAUGGACGCCGUCCGCUCCAACCUCGGCGGUCCCAAGGUCAUCUUCUGCGGUGUCAUCCAGUACGCCAAUCUCGUCGGCGUCGCCAUCGGCUACACCAUCGCGUCCUCCAUCAGCAUGCGGGCCAUUAGGAGGGCCGACUGUUUCCACGCCAACGGACACGCCGACCCGUGCAAGAGCUCCAGCAACCCAUACAUGAUCCUCUUCGGCCUCGUGCAGAUCGUGUUCUCGCAGAUCCCCGACUUCGAUCAGAUAUGGUGGCUGUCCAUCGUCGCCGCAGUCAUGUCCUUCACCUACUCCGGCAUUGGACUCUCCCUCGGCAUCACCCAGACCAUAUCCGAUGGUGGAAUCAAGGGCAGCCUCACCGGCAUCAGCAUCGGCGUCGGUAUCACGGCCACGCAGAAGGUGUGGCGCAGCCUGCAGGCAUUUGGCGACAUCGCCUUCGCCUACUCCUUCUCCAACAUCCUCAUAGAAAUCCAAGACACGAUCAGGGCGCCGCCGCCGUCUGAGGCGAAGGUGAUGAAGCAGGCGACGCGGCUGAGUGUGGCGACGACGACGGUGUUCUACAUGCUGUGCGGGUGCAUGGGGUACGCGGCGUUCGGCGACGCAGCCCCCGACAACCUCCUCACCGGGUUCGGAUUCUACGAGCCCUUCUGGCUGCUGGACAUCGCCAACGUGGCCAUCGUCGUGCACCUCGUCGGCGCCUACCAGGUCUUCUGCCAGCCCAUCUUCGCCUUCGUCGAGCGCUGGGCCGCGUCCACAUGGCCAGACAGCGCCUUCAUCUCCCGCGAGUUCCGGGUGGGGCCAUUCGCGCUCAGCGUGUUCCGGCUGACGUGGCGGUCGGCCUUCGUCUGCCUCACCACCGUCUUCGCCAUGCUGCUCCCGUUCUUCGGCAACGUGGUGGGACUCCUCGGCGCCGUCUCCUUCUGGCCGCUCACCGUCUACUUCCCCGUCGAGAUGUACAUCAGGCAGCGCGGCGUGCCCGGCCGGAGCAUGCAGGGGAUCUGCCUUAGGAUGCUCAGCGUCGGAUGCCUCAUCGUUUCCAUCGCCGCCGCGGCGGGCUCCAUCGCCAACGUCAUCGAAGCUCUCAAAGUGUACAAGCCGUUCAGCGGCUGAUUUGCCGCACGUGCAUCAACUUAGUUAUAACCGCAUGCUAUACAUACAUACUACACGUUCGCCGAGAGGCCCUUGUUGAACCUAGUUAUUGCACCUAACGGAUUAGGCGGCCUUUGGUUGCACUCCUCGGAAAAUGAGGGGCCUAAGCAGAACGGCAGGAGGUGCUCUCUGUAAUGAAGAUUAAGAGCGUAGGGUGCCUUAUGCAAAGUAGCUCCUUUUUUGUAAAGGGGACCUAAUUUUUGUUGUACAAUCUGGUGUACCAGAGGGGAAAAAAUCCAGUAUAUACAUGUGAAGACAAGAUAAAACUUUCAGUUUCACUAAA